GAAAGCCAUUUCUUUUCUCUUUGGCUGAAGCUCUUUGAGGGCAGCAGCAGCUGUGGCUAUCUAGAAAAUUCAGGAGGACCUGCUAGAUGAGUGUGGAAUGGGUGUACCCUGGCCGAGCCCUAAUUUGGGCCAUUUGGAUCCUUGUAGCUGUCACCAUGGAAGCUGUGAAUGAAGUGCCACAGAGGAACACCAGGCUGGGAUGGGUCCGGGGCAAGCAAGUCUCAGUUCUGGGAAGUUCCACACCUGUGAAUGUGUUCCUUGGACUCCCCUUUGCCAUGCCCCCUCUGGGACACCUGAGAUUUGCAAACCCAGAGCCAGCAAUGCCCUGGAAUGACUUGCGAGAGGCCACUGCCUACCCUAAGUUAUGUUUCCAGAACUUGGAGUGGAUGUUAUUAAAUCAACGCAUUCUCAAGGUGCAUUACCCCAAACUUGAGGUGUCAGAAGACUGCCUGUACCUUAACAUCUAUGCACCAGCGCAUGCCAGUGCAGACUCCAGUCUCCCUGUCAUGGUGUGGUUUCCAGGAGGUGGCUUUGAGAAUGGCUCAGCCUCCAUCUUUGAUGGGUCUGCCCUUGCUGCCUAUGAGAAUGUGCUGGUCGUGACCACUCAGUACCGGUUAGGAAUAUUUGGCUUCUUCAACACAGGGGACCAGCAUGUUCCAGGGAACUGGGCCUUCAUGGACCAGUUGGCUGCCCUGUCCUGGGUCCAGGAGAACAUCAAAGGCUUUGGUGGGGACCCAGGCUCUGUGACCAUCUUUGGAGAGUCAGCAGGAGCCAUAAGUGUUUCCAACCUUGUUCUGUCUCCCUUGGCCAAGAGCCUAUUUCACAAAGCCAUUAUGGAGAGUGGGGUGGCCAUCAUGCCCAACCUGAGGAAACUUGAUGAAAAGAGGAAGGAUUUGCAGCUGGUUGCAGAUAUCUGUGGUUGCAAUGCCUCAGACUCCAAGGCUCUUCUGAAUUGCCUGAGGACAAAAUCCUCUAUUGAGUUGCUGAACCUUGGCCAGAAAACAAAGUCUUUCGAUCGAGUGAUUGAUGGCCUUUUCUUCCCUGAUGAGCCUGUAGAACUAUUGUCUCAAAAACAAUUUAAAGCAGUGCCUUCCAUCAUCGGAGUCAAUAACCAUGAGUGUGGCUUCAUGCUGCCGAUGCAGGAGACACCUGAGAUCCUCAGAGGCUCCAACAAAUCUCUUGCCUUUCAUGUGAUACAUUCUCUCCUGCACAUCCCCCUACAGUACUUGCAUGUUGUGGAGAAUGAAUACUUCCCUGGAAAGCGCUCUAUGAUUGAACUUCGAGAUAGUUUACUGGACUUGCUUGGAGAUGUGUUCUUUGUUGUCCCUGGGCUAGUCACAGCUCGAUAUCACAGAGAUGCUGGUGCACCUGUUUACUUCUAUGAGUUUCAACACCGGCCCCAAUGCUUUGAAGACACAAAACCAGCCUUUGUCAAAGCAGACCACUCUGAUGAAAUCCGCUUCAUCUUUGGAGGUCCCUUCCUGAUGGGUGACAUAGUCAUGUUUGAAGGAGCUACUAAAGAGGAGAAAUUGCUGAGUAAGAAGAUGAUGAGAUACUGGGCUAAUUUUGCUCGAAGCGGUAAUCCUAAUGGGAACGACCUGCCUCUGUGGCCAGCCUACAAUCACACAGAGCAGUAUCUGAUGCUGAAUUUGAACAUGAGCCUUGGACAAAGACUGAAAGAAAGAAGAGUGGAAUUUUGGACAAAUACUGUUCCUCUGAUCCUGUCAGCUUCUGAAGGUUUUCUCAAACCUCUUUCCCCCUUAAUUUUUUUUCCUUUGCCCUUGCCCCUUUUCUUCUCAUUUGCUCCUUAAACUUAGCAUGAUUUUGAUUGUCCUUAUUCUUCAAAGUUUCGCCCUCCAUCAUUAGCUUCAUUUUUGGUUUUGCUUCUUUCUGUUGGGGAUCUUUGUGGAAUAAACCACUUAGCUGAUGUGUUAUGGACUUAAGGAUCAUCCUCAUGAAGUUCUUUUCAACACCAAAAAAUGCAAUUGUCUUGAAAGACAAAAGAUUUUCUCAAAAAAUUUUGGAGAGGGCUGGCCCAUUAGUUAUCACAAUAAUGCUAUUGUUAUUCAUAUGAAAUAAAAG